AUGGUCUCAUCUCAUUCUCACCCAAUUACGACUCCAUUCCUCCUCCUCUUCCUCUUAUCCUCGACCAUUAUCCACUUUACACCAUUCUUUUCCGACCACCCCAAUGACAACCACCACAACCAACAUUUAUCAUUUCCAAACUCUUUCCAUUUUCCAUUCUCACCUCCACUACGGAUUUCGUUUCCUUGGAAAUCGAUUCUUCUCCAUUUUUUCGACGAGAACCAUCCAAGAGCUUCUCGCGGACGUGGAGAGGGAAAACCAGAAGGGAGAGAGGAGAGGAAAAGGGCGGGUUUAGAUACUGUCGAUAUCAACAUCGAGGACUAUGAGGAUUACAUGGGUGUGGGCUCGAUCAUCGAGAAGCUUGAGAAGGAGAAACUCAAAGACACUGGUGCCAACCUCAACUUUUACAAAGAGCCAACUGACUCAGACACCGACGACGGCGAUGAACGCUUCACCCCUGACGCCAUUAAGAAGCGAUCCGACAAGUUCGAGAAGAAGUUCAAGCGUGAUAAGUUUGAGCAAAGCAAUUCUGGCUCCGCCCGGAGUAUCAAGUCAUUGGAAAAGCAAAUCAUACAAGGUGCUGUACUUGAUAAGGACGAUGAGGAGGAGCUCAAUGACAUGAAAGAGAAGGAUGAUAUAUUGUUGGAGAAACUCAAUGCUAUUGACAAGAAACUAGAAGAGAAGCUGGUAGAGUUGGAUCAUACAUUCAGGAAGAAAGGAAAGCUUCUUGAGGAGUAG